AUGGACGAGACCAGAGUGAGAGACCGCGCGCCGCUGACCGUCAUAGUCGCCCCGAGCAACGCGUCGCCGCCACGACUGUCACCAGCCGACCUCCUACCCGACGGCGACGCGGCCUUCCAUCCCCUUUCAGCCGUAAACGGCCGGCUAACCCCGCCGGGGCUCGAACCGGCGUCCUACGCCACCCUAACUCCUUUACUCCCUCUACCCCCAAUCAGUACAGUAUCCGACAAAUUUGCUUACCACGCCGGUGGUACUUUCACUGUUAUACAGCAGCAGCAGUCUUAUGCUGCUUUAUCUCCAGCAGCUUACAAUGAACCUUUGUCACCUCAGUCUGCUUACAGUAGACGAAGCGUGUCGCCCAACUCAUUUGAGAGGCGAUCCCCAACACCUCCUUUACCGAGCCCGGGCUUGGACCUCAACGCUGCGUUAUUGGCGAGGGAGGAACAAGCCGCACAGCAACAGGCGCAAGUCCAGAACGACACAGAAGAGAUUAAUACUAAGGAGUUGGCUCAAAGGAUAAGCGGAGAGUUGAAACGGUACUCCAUACCUCAGGCGAUAUUCGCGCAAAGGGUUUUGUGUCGAUCUCAAGGAACACUUAGCGAUCUAUUAAGGAAUCCAAAGCCCUGGUCGAAGCUAAAAUCGGGCAGGGAAACGUUCAGGCGGAUGUGGAAAUGGUUGCAAGAGCCCGAGUUUCAGAGGAUGUCAGCGUUGAGGCUAGCAGCGGCCCAGAUUCCACAGAGAGGCAGUUGCAAGCGCAAGGAGGACAUGGGUACGGAUAUGCCUUCCCCGAAGAAGCCGCGUUUGGUUUUCACAGACCUCCAGCGGCGUACUCUACAGGCUAUUUUUAAGGAAACAAAGAGGCCGUCAAAAGAAAUGCAAGUGACGAUAGCAAGGCAGCUCGGCUUGGAACCGACCACAGUUGGGAACUUUUUCAUGAACGCGCGCAGAAGAUCCAUGGACAAAUGGAAAGAUGACGACGCACCGUCAUCUGAACUGGAUACACAAUGCGAGAGCCAAGAUUUGGACCAUGUCCCCAGCUUGGACUCUGCGGAGUCUGAGGAGGACCAUGAUGACCAAGACGACCAUCUUUUGUGA